ACCUACGGGCAAGGGAAACAAUGUCAGUUUCGAGGGAAACACGGGCCCAAGUAGCGCACACACUCAAUCAACACAAGCCGUCCGUACGGGGCGCUGUUGUCCUCUCCAGAUCGUCGUGGUAUUGCGCGAGAGGGGCAGAUCAGUCCGUGUGUGUGCCUGUGUAUAUGUGUGCAGAGUAUACAGAGAGACAGCGCGUACAGCACGCACCACCGCCCUCCCUUCACCAUUCGUCGCGCGUUGCGUGCGAGGCGCUCUCUGUACGGCCCAGAAAAUUGGACCCGCUUAUCACGGCUUAUCAGUGGCCGCCUGUCCUCGUUCGGUGUGCCGUACCAUCAGUUUGACGGCGGGGAUCGCAGCAGAAAAAGGCACACAUUCGCGGCAUUCGAAGAAAAGCAGUUCCGCCCCCUCCAAACGGUCGCCGGGCGCGGGGCGCGCGGGCGGCAUCCAUCAUGAUGGCCUGACACUCCCCACAUACGAGCAGCACACUUUCCAUCGCUUCAGUUCCUCCCGAAACGACACCAGCCUCUCCCCCGCACACGUCCCUCCUGCAGCUGCUGCGGUCAGAAUUUUGCGAAGGAACCACGCCAUCGCAAAUUGCACCACGGUAGAAAACCUGAACUCCAAAGCAUCGCAACCAACGCCUCGAUACCUCUCGCUUCCCCGCACUCCUACCGCAGUUACCGUAAGAGCUGGACGGAAGACGCGACGCCGUGCACAACACUACACACCGCGGCUUUUGUGGAUAUUUUUGUUUCUGUGCAAGAAGCGGAGCAAGAGAGCGAGAGCGAGAGCGAAAUAGGGACGAAGCGCAUUAAAUUGCGUCGCGCGGGUGGAUGCGGCCGCCGUUCCGUUCCUCGACGGGGCGUACCAUAAACACAGCACUCUCUCACUGGUGCACCCUCGCGCGGCCGAGCUCGGGGUGCAAUAAAGGUGAAUGCGCGCGUGAAGGAAGCACAGAGGCAAGCGCAAGCGAGACACAGUACCGGCCGCCAGUGCCAGAGCGCCCAGCAUCGGCGAAAGAAUAUAUCGCGAAACCUGCUUGCCGCAGCCGUCAGUCUUGCUCGUGUCGUGUCGCCGGACAGUUCCGUUGCGUUUGAAGGUGUCAGGCCGCGGAUGACGCCGUAGGGACCCCGUUGUACCGAGGCGAAGUGUUGAGAUAAACCGUGUGUCGUGUAGGAGUUGGCGUCAUACCGCGUGCGGCGCCGGGGUGUGGUGACUCUUGUGGCUGACCGCGAGCGUCUGCCUAGGGCAGACCGGAGAGUCUCUAACCAAGUACUGUAGCAAUCAAACAAGCCAGUGCACAUGCAGCAGCAGCAUCGAGAGCGGCCGCUACAUCAGCAGUACAGGCCGGAGCAGGCACGUUCGGGUUUGACAGAUUCGGCAGCAGCAGCGCGGUUGUUACGAUGCGAAAGCUAAGCCUCAGCACCGGCGCAGGUAUGUCACGACAAUCGAAAAGUGUACCGCAGGCAAAGAAAGUGAUGCCACCGGCCGUCCCGGACAUGUACGGGAAGAUAGGGCUGAACAAUGGUGGUGGCAAUGGUGGCAGUGGUGGUGGUGGUCCACCGACGGCAGUGAUUUACGAUACGGGCGAUGGGGCGGGCCGAAACGGUGGCACGGCGGUAGUGGCCGGCACGGUCAUACUAGAGCAUCAUAUUCCUUCGCACGACGGGACAAACAGUGUCGGGAGCAAUAGUGCCGGCGGUGCCGCUUCCGGUACGGUGCCGCCGCCGGCCGGUGGGUCGGGAGUUUCCGUAGCAGCAGCAGCCGCCGCCGCUGCACCCUCCAGCUUGCUGCUACGGUGCGGUCCGGACGGUAUGGUCGAUUACGGCUUGGACGAUCAGGGUAUCGAUUUGACGCAGUCGCCCGGCCGGGACAGCCCGGUGUCGCUGUCCGGGUCGGCCGGGUCCGGAUCUCGGCACUCCACCGCCAGCCUGGACUCGGGGCGCGCCUCCUCCUAUCUUACCGGCGCCUCCAACUCGUCCAAUCGCAGCGUGAGCGGCGUGGGCAGCUAUGGCGUCCUGUCGUCGCCGCGCUGCUCGGUCAGCUCCUGCUCGAUCGGUUCCGGGUCGGUUGGGGGCGUUGCCGGUGGACCGGGCGCCAGUUGCAGCCACCGGCUGAGCAACCACUCGUCGAGCGGCAGCCGCACUGACCACGACGUCAUCUCGGAGUGGCUGAUGGAGAUACACUUCCACGAGUACACGUAUCUGUUUCUGGAGGCGGGCUACGAUCUGCCGACGAUAGCGCGCAUGACGCCGGAAGAUCUGACCGCGAUCGGCAUCCGCAAGCCGAACCACCGCGAGCGGCUGAAGCGGCACAUCGACGCGCUGAAGCUGCCGGACGCGCUACCCGGCUACGUGCCCGGCUCGAUCGACGAGUGGCUGCGGCUGCUGCGGCUCGAGGAGUACGUGCAGCCGCUGCUGGCGCAGGGCUACCAGACCGUCCACGACGUGACGCAGCUGACAUGGGAAGACCUGGAGGACAUCGGCAUCGUGAAGCUGGGCCACCAGAAGAAGAUUCUGCUCGCGAUCAAGCGCGUGAAGGACAUCAUCAGCGGCAAGAUGAUGGGCGGGCCGGCCGCCGGCAUGAUGGGCCUCGGCGUGGUUGGCGCCGGGCUGGGCGGCUAUGCCCUCUCGCCCACGAUUGCCCGCUCGCCGGCGGCCGCUGGUGGGGCGCAUGGCCGGGCGCUGCACCAUCACUACGACGACAUGAGCAUCGGCCUGCGGUCGGAUUCGUCCAAGCAGCACCAGCUGGGGGUGGGUGGCGGCGUCGGCACCGGCUCGUACAGUACCUUUCUCCGGCAGCAGACGGUGCCGGCACCGCCGCCCCCAUCGGCCCUCGCCGCCCACCAGAUGAUAACGUAUCCGCACGUCCACUUCGACGGUACGCAGGCGAUCUAUCGGCGCAGCUCGUACGACGAUAGCGACAUUACGCCCACGAACGAGAAGUCGUCCGCGCUGCUGGCGCUGUCGGAAGACCAUCAUCACUUUGCGGCCCAGCAGGCCGGCGCCGUAACAGCAGGACAGCAGCAGCAGCCGCCGGUCUGGACAUUGCAGCAGCAGCAACAGUUCGUUCACCAGCAGAUCGUGCAGCUGCAGCAGCAACAGCAGCAGCAGUACUUCCAAGGGGGCGGCACGCUUCCGCGCCAGCAUCAGCGCAACAACUACGGCGUCCGGCUAGCACUGCUGAGCGGACCGGGCAGCAAUGGCGGGGUGGCGGGCCGCACCGCUGGUGCCACCGUCGGCGGCCGGCCGAUUGCGAAGAUCGUCGCCAACAACUUGAAGCUUCCGUCGCCAGCGCUCGAGGGUGGUGGGGUGGCCGCACCGGGCGAUGCUUGCGAUACGGUAGUCAGCGACCGCUACCAGCUGGGCGAGACCGUAUGCGAGCGUGUGCCGAUUGCGGGCAAGCCAGGCGACCAGCACGCCGCCGGCCAGCACGAGCAGCAGCAGGAGCGGGGGCAGUAA